GAUGAUGGCCAAAGACUCGAUCUUCGUUAUUUGAAGAAAAGCAGUGAUCAUCAUUUGGAGCUUGGCUACAAGGCAUUAUCAUAUAUUUAAAUGUUAUUCUUUCUUUCACCUUAAUUAGUUUUUUUUUUGUUUGUCACUUUUAAUAAACUCUUCAGUUGUUGUUUCAGGUGGAGAGGCAUUUGAAUGAUGGUGACUUUGUGCUCUUCAAUCGACAACCCAGUCUCCAUAAAAUGUCAAUUAUGGGACAUAAAAUAAAGAUUAUGCGAUAUUCAACUUUCUGUUUAAAGUUGUCUGUUACUUCACCAUAUAAUGCUGAUUUUGAUGGUGAUGAAAUGAAUAUGCAUGUUCCUCAAUCAUUUGAAACUAGAGCAGAGGUGUUGGAGCUGAUGAUGGUGCCUAAGUGCGUGUCACCUCAAUCAAACCGGCCUGUGAUGGGAAUUGUCCAGGAUACACUUUUAGGAUGGCGUAAGAUCACCAAGAGGGACACCUUUAUAGAGAAGGAUGUUUUUAUGAACAUCUUGGUGCGGUGGGAGGAUUUUGAUGGGAAAAUUCCUUGUCCUGCAAUUCUGAAACCACGGCCACUUUGGUCUGGAAAACAAGUUUUUAAUCUUAUCAUUCCAAAGCAGAUAAAUCUUAUCAGAACUGCUGCCCGGCACACAGAUACAGAAAGAGGAAUUAUUACUCCGGGGGACAUUCUUGUUCGAAUAGAAAGAGGGGAGCUGCUAUCUGGAACUCUUCGCAAGAAAACUCUUGGGACUUCUACUGGAAGUCUUAUACAUGUCAUUUGGGAAGAGGUUGGUCCUGAUUCAGCUCGCAAGUUUUUGGGGCAUGCACAACUGCUUGUGAAUUACUGCCUUUUGCAAAAUGGUUUUAGCAUUGGCAUUGGAGAUACAAUUGCUGAUGCAGCUACUAUGGAGAAAAUAAAUGAAACAAUUUCAAAUGCAAAAAAUGAAGUGAAGGAACUCAUUACAAAGGCCUAAAACAAGGAGCUAGAGGAUGAUAGGAGCGGUAGAUUAGAUUAAUAAUUUCUUUGAAGAGCUUUGUUAGGAAGUAAAGGUCAAGUGUUCUUUAAACUCUUACUUAAUCCUUGGAUACAAAGUUGUGUACAUCAACAAAAUUUUCUAAAAUUUCUUUCUGGAAAUGUAUGAUAGCAAGAUGGCUUUAGUAAAAAUCUUCCAGUUGUUUUUAGUGCCUUCAAAUGUUUUCCUGUUGUGAAUGGAAUGGUUGGGUACAGAUUGUUUAGAUAGAUCUCCCUUUCCAUGCUAUCUUUUUUUUUUGUUUAAUCUGUAUUUUGUAUUCUGGAAGUAUUUCAACUGCUCAAUUUUGUAAUUAGCAACAAGUCAACUUCUGUUGUUCGCCUUUGUUCACUGUUAAAUACUGGACAGAGCUUUCUUCUGUUUGGACCAGUAUUUAAUAGCUUUCCAUGUUAGAACUUGGAAUAGUUUGCUCAUAUUUUUAGGCAAUAAAUACUGAUUUGUACUUUAAUUUUGUUGCUUCCAAUAAAUUGCAGGGGCUGAACAUGGAUAGAUCAAAAGCCAAGGAUUUUGUUUACUAUCCAGAGGCAUUGGUUUCUUAGCUUUCUUCAUAUUACUGUAUAAAACAAUCCAUUGAAGUGGAACAGAACUUUUUUGCGUUGUUUUUGGAUAUCUGCUACUUAACAUUUGCAUUUCAACUUCAGUGCAAAUGAAUACUCGUCAAGUAGGUGCUGACAAACUAAUUCAUUGUGUCAUUAUAUUUUGUAACCAUAAA